CAAUCAGAGUCCAAAAGAGGCCAAAAGCUAUACCGACGGUGGAAUCCUUCAAGUGCUGCUACGGCUAAAGAAGAAUACGGCAAGCAGUAGGCGCGGCGGUUCAGUUUCCAAGCAGCGAGUAGCAACAUAAAACAAACAAAAAUGUCCGACAGCACGGGUUACGCCGUUAACGAUCUCGUAUGGGCCAAAAUGAAGGGAUUCUCGCCCUGGCCAGGCCGUAUUUCGGUUCCACCGGCAGAGCUGCGUAAAAUAGCGGUCAAAAAGAACAAUCCAGUGAAGUGUAUUUUCUUCUUUGGCUCCAACAACUAUGCUUGGAUCGAAGAAACGCAAAUCAAGCCGUAUCUCGAGUUCAAGGAUACGUUGCUGAAUUCCUGCAAAACUGCUCAGUUCAAAGAGGCUUUGAAACAGAUAGAAGAGUUCCGUGUAAAUCCGGAGAAAUUUCAACCUCUGUUUGUGGGUGAAAACGAGGCCGCCAAUCGGCCGGAUCCAGACGAAGAGUUCAACAGACUUCGCGAAGGUGUCACCAGCGGUACGGAGGAGAGCGGAGCCGAGGAUGGUGGUUCCGUAAAUAACACGUCGACCCCCGCCGUCCUGGAAUCGGUGGAGGAUGUCACCUCAACGCCGCUGGUAAAGAAAUCAGCUAAGAAGAAAGUACGUGCCUCGUUGCCAAUCAAGUUGAACGUGGAUAAGGUGACUUCUGUGACGAAAGUGCGUUCGGUUGGCAACAAAGCGAAAGCUGCACUGGACGAUGGUGUUACCAGUACGCCAUCGCCAAAACGUAAGAAGAAGCUGUUGAAUGAUUCGGGAGAAUUGUCUACGCUGGAUAUCGAUAGUUACGCUAGUCCGGUAAGACGCAAUGCGCCGGUGACCCAUCUGCUGAACCGUCCGGUUACUGUAACUCGACCAGCGACGCCAGAGAUCGACAUGUCGAGCGUUUCCAAUGCGGUCCAAUCGCGUAAUAUCAAAGCUUCGCAGCUGAAGUUCGGCUUUCUCGGGCUGGGAGUGAUGGGUUGCGGGAUUGUGAAAAAUCUAAUCAAAUCCGGUCACUCGGUCGUAGUCUGGAACCGCAGCGCUAACAAAUGCCGCAAGUUCCAAGAGGUUGGGGCCGAGGUUGCGGAUACUCCAUCGGAUGUGGUAGAAAUGACCGAUGUGACAUACUCGUGCGUCUCCGAUCCGCAGGUUGCAAAGGAUAUGGUGUUCGGCAAUUGUGGCGUUAUGUCGGCAAACCUGACCAGUAAGGGUUAUGUUGAGAUGACUGGUGUCGAUCCGGAAACAUCCAAUGACAUCAAUGAAGCAAUCAUCUCCAAAGGAGGCCGUUAUUUGGAAGCACAAAUACAAGGCUCAAAGAACCAAGCGGAAGAGGGAACCCUCAUCAUUUUGGCUAGCGGUGAUCGAUUACUGUUUGAGGAGUGUCAAAGCUGUUUCGAAGCUAUAUCCCGCAAUUCGUUCUACCUGGGCGACGUUGGCAAUGCUACAAAGAUGAAUCUAAUUUUGCAGAUGAUUUCUGGCAUUACGCUGGCUGGUGUGGCGGAAGCGAUGGCACUCGCGGAUCGUGCUGGGCUGCAACAAAAAGACGUUCUGGAAGUGCUAGAAUUGACUAGCAUGUCGUCGGAAAUGAUGUUGCAAAAGGGAAAUGCUAUAAUCAAGGGCGAAUUUCCAACUCAUCAGGCGUUGAAGCAUAUGCAGAAGGACCUCAAGCUCGCGCUAAGCCUGGCAGAUGGACUGGAACAAUCGCUGCCCAUUACCGCAGCUUCGAACGAGGUGUACAAACACGCCAAACGUCUUGGGUACGGUUCGCACGACGCUAGUGCUGUCUACGUAAGGGCACGGUUUUAACAGCGACCGGGCAGACGACCUUCGUAGUGAGC